AUGGAAAUCACCGAACUUGUUAACAACAAGGAGCGCUAUCGUCGCUUCUACUGUAGUUGGAAGAGUUGCGAGAAAGGGUUCAAUCGCAAGUCAGAUCUCAUCAGACACUUUCGAAUUCAUACCAAUGAACGACCGUAUCCAUGCCCGGCACCGGGUUGCCAGAGGAGUUUCAUCCAAAGAAGUGCAUUGACUGUACACCUCCGUACACAUACUGGAGAGAAGCCAUACGAAUGCCAGUAUCCUGGAUGCUACAAACGAUUUGCCGAUAACAUUCUCAAGUCUUCUAGUUUUUCGCGUCAUCGACGGGUGCAUCUAGGCAAACGCCCGUAUACCUGUGCCAUUGAAACCUGCCGUAAAAGUUUUUGUCGCAAAGUAGCCUUGAUCCAACAUCACAAGAUCUAUCACGACUCCGGAGAAGAGGAUUCCGAUGCUUCUUCGGAGGAGUUUGCGCAGAUUUCGAAAGACAACAGCCCCAUGACGAGUCCGAUUUCGAUGCCAGAUAAUGUCCACAAUGAUACAACCAGAUUCACGCAAACGAUUGAAGAAAGGCGAUCUUCCCUUGACCUAGACCAUCAAACGACAGACCAGCUCAGUAAAACGAACGAGCUCUUUCACGAACGUCAAACCCACGAGCACUUCAACUUCCCCGUCAUCCAUACAGAUUAUGAAUACGAAGAGCCACAGGGCUUCUAUCACGAUUCUGUCUACUCAAGCUGCAAUGAAGAUACGGUGUAUCAACGACCGAGCUCCUCUUGGAACCUCUAUCCCUAUCCGUCUCCGCAGUACUCAAUCUGUGGGUGUAACCCAGCAACGAAUAUCCCUUGGAGUUCGGUGGAUAUUACUGGCAACGCGGAAAUUGCUAGUGGGAAUGAAUAUCUACUUGCGCAGGAACAUGCGCCCUCCAUGGCUGGGUUUCCCCCAGCUGGGGUGCCACGUGAUGCCCAGCUUACCCAGGAUGCGGAGUGGCCAAGAGUCCAGGUAUGGUACAACGAUGGUGUGCAUUUGUCUCCCGAUUUUGGUCAAGACAGAAUAGCAGACUCUUACAGGUUCGAUUGA